GCAGGGACAAGAUCCAAGGAAAUAUGGUCAUUCAUAUUCAUGGAGAUCAGCCAUCUGUGUCAGAUGCUUUUCAUUUACAUCAAAACAUCAUCAGUUAAUCCAGUUGUCCGCCUGGUGCUAUGUCUAUAUUUCCUAAUUCAACCUUUAUCUCUGAUACUGAUACGCAAAUUGAGGAAGAGGCUGCGUCAUGGAAAUGUGUGUUGGACAGCCACCAUGGCCAUAUUGGUUCCUGUAUAUAUCAUCUCAUCUCUAUACUGUAUGAGUCAAGUUCAGGGUGCUGUUGAAAAGAUAUUUCCCACUGAGCGUGCUGGAAUUGUGGUUGUGACAACACUCCUCAGAAUUCUUAGUGCUCUUUCUCUUUUGGAGCAUCCUAGCAAUAUCCAAGAAAUGCCACACCUGAUUGUUUAUGGAUUUGGAGCUGCAGUCCCGUGUGUUGUGAAUGCCAUGGCCCUGAUGGGAGAACUAAUAUUCAAAGCACGACAUGGAAAAAGAUCAAUGAUGUCAGAUCUGAGAUUGGUGAUUCUGCCAUUUGAAUGCUUCUUUGUUUCUGGUUGGUUUUUCCUGCUGCUCUACAACUACUGGGCAUGCAGUAGAGGCAGGGGAGGAGCUUGUUCUGAGAUCCAGAAUGGAGGACAUGUGCAACAGGACAUACCUGCAGCUGAGGAAAUGGACACUCUGUCUCCUUGCUAAUGGAUCAUGGCUCUCCAUCGGAGAAUCCUCAGGAAGGACAGCAGGUGAAUCUUUCCAUCUCCGUCUCAACAGACAGAACCGUUUUAAAAACAGUUUUAUAUUUUCUGCUCUCAAAGCCUGUCAAGGAACAGGCUCUGGGGCUCACCAGUGGCAUUGCCAGUCACAGAAGCCAUGCCGUGGUCAUGCAUGGUCACGGAACAGACUCUGGAGCUCCUCCUAGUGGGACUAGCCAGUACUAAUAUCUCAAGAAUUACCAUUUUGCUUCUGCAUUUUUCCCAUGCAUUUUUGGACGCAUAAUGAGUACAGAAGCCUUGUGAUACUUUCACACUCCUUGAACAACACCAGAAAAUACUCCAAAGCGCAUAAUUAGCAUCCUGUGCUUUAUGUCUCAACAACCUCAUAAUCAAUAUAAUUGUGCUAAUAUGACUUGCCUAAAAUGUGAUAUACUUGUCUUUGGUCUACAUUGUUAACCUACCUUGCUAACAGUUAAAUAAAUAGUGUGUCUUUUUACAGUCCCAGAUGUAUUAUUGACAUAUUGCAGAUGGUAGAUGGUGUCUAUGUUUUCUACUGAAAAUGCUUAAGAUGAAUUUCCUAGAAUGUCUGCCUGCCUCAAUCUGCAAACUACAAACUCAAA